UCCUCAGAUAUGUCUCUACAAGACUCCACUCUUUCCAGAGAGGGGGACACAGAAGCAGAGAUAAUGGCUGCUGUGGUUUUUUCAGUUGGACCUCUGAGUCAUGAAGUUACCCAGCCAAAUGAAGAUCUUCACCUUCAUAUAGAAGAAACAAAGUUUUUGAAAGAAUCGGUGACAUUUAAAGAUGUGGCUGUGGACUUCACAUUGGAGGAGUGGAGGUUGAUGGACCCUACACAGAGGAGCCUGCACAAGGAUGUGAUGCUGGAGAAUUAUAGGAAUCUGGCCUCCCUGGGGCUUGCAGUUUCCAAACCAGACAUGAUAUCCUAUUUGGAGAAUGGGAAAGGACCAUGGGCCAUGGUGAGAGAAAUCACAAGAACCCCCUAUCCAGACUUAGAGACCAAACCUGGAACCAAGAAUGCUAUACUAAGAGAUGACAUUUCUGAAGAUUUAUCACAAGAGGCCAUAAUAGAGAAACUCACAGAGAGUAGUCUGUGGGAUUCCAGAAUGGGAGGAUUAUGGAAAUGGAAUGACAGCAUAUUAAGACUGCAAAAUAGUAAGGACAGUAAUUUGAGUCAAAGAACUAUAACUCACAAGAAAACUCCCAUUGGCCAAAGAGAUUAUAGAUUUGGAUCUGUUCUUGUUCCAGAACCAGCACUUGCCACAGAAGAAUCCCAUGGCAAAUACCAGAUACAUGAGGAAAAUUUCACAGAGAAUUUAGGUUUUAUUACAGGUACUCAUUUGGGGAAGAUAGUUUACAAGGACACAGAAAGCAGCAAAGCCAUAAAGCAGACUUCAGAACUUACUUUGGGGAAAAAAUCCAAUGAUAAAGAAAAACCCUAUGAAUGUAGUACAUGUGAAAAGGCCUUUCGUUAUAGGUCAUUACUCAUUCAGCAUGAAAGAACUCACACUAAAGAGAAACCUUAUGUGUGUGCCGAAUGUGGGAAAACAUUCAGCCAGCCUUCAUAUCUCAGUCAGCAUAAAAAAAUCCACACUGGAGAAAAACCUUAUAAAUGUAAUGACUGUGGAAAGGCCUUCAUUGCUUCUUCAUCACUGAUGGUACAUCAGAGAAUCCACACUAAAGAGAAACCUUAUCAAUGCAAUGUCUGUGGAAAAUCUUUCAGCCAGUGUGCCCGUCUGAAUCAGCACCAGAGAAUUCAAACUGGAGAGAAACCCUAUCAAUGUAGUGAAUGCGGGAAAGCUUUCAGUGACAAAUCAAAACUGGCAAGACAUCAGGAAACUCACAAUGGUGAGAAGCCCUUCAAGUGUAAUAACUGUGGGAAAGCCUUCAGGAAUAAGUCAUAUCUUAGUGUUCACCAAAAGACCCACACUGAAGAGAAACCAUACAAGUGCAGUGAGUGUGGGAAAUCUUUCAAGAAUAGCACAAUAUUUAAUGUUCAUCAGAGAAUUCAUACCGGAGAGAAGCCCUUUAGAUGUAAUGAAUGUGGGAAAGCCUACCGGAGUAAUUCAAGCCUUAUUGUACAUAUAAGAACUCACACUGGGGAAAAACCGUAUGAAUGUAAUGAAUGUGGGAAAGCGUUCAACCGCAUAGCAAAUUUCACAGAACAUCAGAGAAUUCAUACAGGAGAAAAACCCUAUAAAUGUAAUGAAUGUGGGAAAGCCUUCAUUAAUUAUUCAUGCCUUACUGUACACCACAGAAUGCACACAGGAGAGAAACCUUAUAAAUGUAACGAAUGUGGAAAGGCCUUCAUGCGUUCUUCAUCUCUCAUUAUACAUCAGCGUAUUCAUACUGAAGAGAAACCUUAUCUAUGUAAUGAAUGUGGGGAAUCAUUCAGAAUAAAAUCACACUUAACUGUGCAUCAGAGGAUUCACACUGGAGAGAAACCUUACAAAUGUAGUGACUGUGAGAGGGCAUUCACCAAAAUGGUAAAUCUCAAGGAACAUCAGAAAAUUCAUACUGGAGUGAAACCCUAUAAAUGUUAUGAUUGUGGAAAGUCCUUCAGGACUAAGUCAUACCUUAUUGUACAUCAAAGGACACAUACUGGAGAAAAACCCUAUAAAUGUAAUGAAUGUGAGAAAGCCUUCACGAAUACAUCACAGCUCACUGUGCAUCAACGAAGGCACACUGGAGAGAAACCCUAUAAAUGUAAUGAAUGUGGGAAGGUUUUCACAAGUAACUCAGGCUUUAAUACUCAUCAGAGAACACAUACUGGAGAAAAACCAUUUAAAUGUAAUGACUGUGGGAAAGCAUUUAGCCAGAUGGUACAUGUCACAGAACAUCAGAAAAUCCACAGUGGAGAGAAGCCCUAUAAGUGUGAUGUCUGUGGAAAAGCCUUUAGGAGGGGUUCAUACCUUACAGUGCACUGGAGGACCCAUACUGGAGAAAAGCCCUAUACCUGUAAGGAAUGUGGAAAAGGUUGUAUUACUCUAUCACAGCUAACUCUACAUCAGAGAAUUCAUACUGGGGAAAGGCCCUAUAAAUGUGAAGAAUGUGGAAAGGCCUUCAGAACUAACUCAGACUUUACUGUACACCUGAGGAUGCAUACUGGAGAAAAACCCUAUAAAUGUAAUGAAUGUGGGAAAGCCUUCAGGAGUAGUUCAAGCCUUACUGUACAUCAAAAAAUACAUCAGAGAGAAACUCAGUUAAUAUAG